UCAGGCAGCUGCUGGUCUUCAUACACAUACACACAGAGAGACACACAGGUCUGAAUGGUGAAAGGAAGGUAAAACCGGCUACAAAAUCGCCUUUUACAGCGGAAUGUUCACUCGAAGGGGUUAUGGAGACGUCAAGAAAUCUUCACAGAAAGUUCUGGACCCAAAGAAGGAUGUUUUCACGCGCCUGAAGCAUCUGCGCGCGCUGUUAGAUAUUACUGAGCGGAAUGAACUGAAGGCAUUUUUUGAAACCAACUGCUCACAAAUUUAUUUUAUCUUCUAUGAGAAUUUCAUUACACUGGAAAGUAACCUAAAGCAAAAAGGGAACAAAUCUCAACGGGAGGAGCUGGACUCCAUCAUCUUUAUUUUUGAAAAAAUUCUGCAACUACUACCUGAGAAAAUCAACAGUCGCUGGCAGUUUCACAGUAUAGGUUCAAUUCUCAAAAAACUUUUGCACACUGGAAACUCAUUCAAGAUUCGCUGUGAGGGUAUGCGCUUGUUCCUUCUCUGGCUUCAGGCCCUGCAGAGUAACUGUGCCGAAGAGCAGCUCCUCAUCUUCGCCUGUCUGAUCCCAGGAUUCCCUGCUGUACCCUCAUCCAGAGGACCAUGCACACUGGACACCAUCAUCUAUAACCCCUUCUCCAACCCACCUGAUGCUAAGAUCGUGGCAGAGGAGAUCACGCCACUGGUGCCUGCAGUUCCUGGAGAAAAGGUGACGGAUGAUCACAUCUGCUCCAUCCUCCAGAUUGUGCUAAAGGUCAUGGUUCUUCAGGCCUCCAGCUUGGACUGGAAAAACAAAGAGAACCAGGACACAGGCUUUAGGUUUCUGUUUUCUCUCUUCAAGAAGUACUACAUGCCUCACCUAUUCUCCACCUUUACAAAACACACCAACCUCUACAAACCACAGUUAGAUCUUCCCAUUCACAGACCAAAGCCCUUGUAUGUCCCCGUGACACGAAACAACGAGAGCACGUACUGCACCAGGGACCAGUACCUGGCUCCCCGCGUGGCCUUUAUCACAUGGCUCGUAAACUUCUUCCUGGAGAAGAAGUAUGUGAACUCAUCCACGAGCAGCUCAAAGAAUGGAGGAGAGGUGCUUCCCAAAAUCAUCCAGACUGUGACUGCAGGCGGUAUCAGUCAGGAGAAGAGCUCAGACUCUGAACCCAAUGGUCCUGUGGAACAGGAUAAGAGUCACUCAAACAGCAGCACGCUGUCCGAUCGCAGGGGCAGUAACUCCAGUCUCUGUAGCAUUGAGGAGGAACAUCGAGGCGUCUACGACUUAGUGCAGUCUAUCUUGCUAUCCACUCGCGACAACGUCAAUUUCGUCAAUGAGAUCUUCCAUCAGGCCUUCCUUCUGCCGUCAUGUGAAGCUUCAGCCACACGAAAGGUGAUCAAAGUCUACAGGAAGUGGUUUCUGCAGGACAAGCCCAGUUUCAUGAAUGAGCCCGAGAUCACCAACCAGGGAGAAGAUGGUGAGGAAGAGCACCACGUCUCCGAGACGGACAGUGUACACAUUCAGAUGCAGGCCAUCGAGACUCCCGGACAUAAGAGAUCGUCCAGUUGGGGGCGCACUUACUCAUUCAGCAGUGCCAUCAGCAGAGGCUGUCUGACUGAAGAACAGAACCACAAUGUGGAGGCCGGCAUUCAGCCCGCCCUACAGGUUUUCCUGACAAACUCCGCUAACGUGUUCCUGUUGGAGCCAUGUCAGGAUGUGCCGAAGCUGUUGGAGAAUCAGCUGGAUGUGUGCCGAGGAGUGCUGAGCGUCUAUCGCCACAUUAUUAUGGAGCAAAACAUGAACCGCCAGACCUGGGAGCAGUUACUGCAGGUGUUGCUGAGGAUCACAGAAGCGGUGAUGAAGAGACCACAGGACAACCAAAGAAAAGAUGUGUUCGCCCAUAGUCUGGCCAGCAUCCUCUUUAAAACGAUCUUUGUGGCGUGGGUGCGGGCAAACCUUACGGUGUUCAUAUCCCGUGAGCUGUGGGAUGAUCUGCUGGCUGUGCUGUCGUCUCUCAGCCACUGGGAGGAGCUGGUGUUCGAGUGGGCCAGCAUCAUGGACUCUCUUACUGCGGUGCUGGCACGAUACGUCUACGGUCUGGACCUGCACAACCUGCCGCUGGACAAACUCUCAGAGCAGAAGGAAAAGAAGCAACGAGGCCGAGGAGUAAUGCAGGACUCUCAGAAAUCCUCAGAUGGUACUCGAACGUUCUCCUUGAGCUGGAGGAACUCAGGAGAUCAGAUGGGAGCUCAGGAGCCCAUGAGAAUCCGCAGUGCCACCACCACCGGGGCUCCCGCCGUGGAGAAAGCCCGCAAUAUCGUCCGACAGAAAGCCUCAGCUAAGAGAAGUCAAUCUAUCAGCAACUGUGUGCAUCUUUGUGAGGCUUUACCGGCCACUAAGAGUGUGCCAAUGCUGCUCCACACUGUCAGCUCUUUCUUACCUGGCAUCUCUCACACUUCUCACUGCUCUCACAGACUGUCAGACGUGGAGGAGUGUCAGCUGUCUGAAUGUGAGACAGGUGAUGGAGACAGUCCACUUCCCCGCUCCAGCAGUGCAUCUGACAUCACACAGCAGAUCAACGACACCUUCCCAGGACCGAAGAGAGAUGAGUCUCCACAUGCAGGCAGAGCGUCAGAAAACAGCUCUACAGGGAAAAGAGAAAUUGACGCUCCCAUGAUUCUGAUCCGGAGGAGCAGCAGUCCAGCCGAUCUGGAUUAUCCACCAGAGGGCGCUCCAACUUCCAAAACUAGACAGCGGCAGAAAAGUGAAAGCAUAAGCAGUGAGACGUCUAACGGCUAUCUGAACGAUGCUGAGGCGGGUCUGCUGUCGUGGCAUGCGGUGGAGGAGGAGCCGGACUCCUCCUCUCAUGAGAUGAGUGUUACCGUGGAAACAGGGAGUCAGAGGAGCCUCCUACUGAGCCACACUGAAGCUCUGGCAGGGUCUGAAUGUGCGGCCCCUCCUCAAUGUCCCCCAGUGUCUCCUGCUCUUCUCCUGCCUCAAGGAUGCUGUGAGGGCCCUCAGCUCCUGGAGGAGGCCAUGAACAUGUCUCACCAUCUGGAUAGCAGUGAGUUUCUGGCUGAUGACGUCAGCAUCAUCGCCGGUGGCAGUUUGACUGGAUGGCACGCCGACUCUGCCUUCGUCCUUUGGAGGCGGAUCCUGGGGAUUCUCGGCGACGUUAACAGCAUCCGCUCCGCCCGUAUCCACGCUAAGGUCCUCAGUUACCUCUAUGAGCUCUGGCACAAACUGGCCAAGAUCAGAGAUAACCUUGGGAUCAGGGCGGACACAGACCCAGACGUGCCCAAACCAUUGUUCAUCCCUCCUCUACGAAUGCUUGCCUCCUGGCUCUUUAAGGCUACAAUGCUGCCGUCAGAGUUCAAGCCUGGGAAGCUACAUGCAUAUAAACUCAUCUGUGAGAUGAUGACCAAACACCAGGACGUCCUGCCCAACAGUGACUUCCUGGUGCAUCUCUACCACGUCAUGCACAAGGGCUUCACCAGUGAAGAUCAGGAUGUGUUGAACACGAUGAUCAGGUGGUGUUCGCCUCGCUUUUUCUUCCUGGGCUUGCCGGGCUUCACCAUGCUCGUGGGCGACUUCAUCACCGCUGCUGCCCGCAUCCUCAACACGGACUCUUUUGAGGCUCCGCGGAUCGAGGCUCAGACGAUUCUCGGAUCCCUUGUGUGUUUUCCUAACCUGUAUCAGCAGAUCCCCUCUUUGCAGUCUCCGUCAUCUGAGGACAUCGUAGUGGGCCAAGAAGACAUGAAGGACUAUCUUGUCAACAUCCUGUUAAAGACUGCUCGUAAUGAGACGUGUGAAGGAGCCAGAUGUGUAGCUAUCUGCAGUCUGGGACUGUGGGUGUGUGAGGAGCUGGGACAGGCCGAAACACAUCAUCAAGUUAAAGACGCCAUCAAUGUCCUGGGUGUCACGUUGAAGUUUGGAAAUAAGGUGGUGGCCAGUGUGGCCUGUGACAUCUUUCAACUGCUGAUCUCUCAUUGGCGGCAUUUACAGAGACUUGAAUCAUCCCUUCCCAAGAGAAUUAUAGAGAUAUUUGUAGCAACCAUUGCAUUUCUUCUGCCCAGUGCUGAGCACUCAACAGUUGAGGCAGAUAAGAAGUUAAUGGUGUCUCUACUGCUGUGCCUGCUGGACUGGUGCAUGGCCGUGCCUCUCUCCAUCUUACUGGAGCCCAUCACUAUGCCCGUCCUAGACGACCCUGCUUCGCAGAAGGCUCCUCUGCUCGACUACAUUUACAGGGUGCUGCACACUUGUGUAUCAGGGUCUAACCUACACACUCAACAGAGUCACUACCUCCUCAGCCUCGCCGAUCUGUCGACAGAUUACGAGCCCUUUCUUGCUCUAGGCAAUGUCAAGAGCUUUGAGCCAACACCUGUGCACAAUGCCAUGGGAGACUUUGGAAAUCUCCUUACAGUGGCUGAAGAAAAGAAAAGGAGAAGUUUGGAGCUAAUUCCUUUAACUGCAAGGAUGGUAAUGACUCACCUGGUCAAUCAUUUAGGACAUCAUCCUCUAAACUGCGGCCCAGCCCUCAUAAACAGCCUGAUGAACGAGAACCACGACAACCCUUACGUAGAGUCUUCCGAGCUUUCUUCUGAAGUCUUCAAGAGCCCCAAUCUACAGCUCUUCGUCUUCAACGACAGCACAUUAGUUUCGUACCUGCAGAUCCCCUCGGACAAUUCCAGCACCAAUCUGGACAGAGAUCAUUCCUCAGAGGUCCGUGUCAUUGUCCGAGACAUCUCUGGGAAGUACUCGUGGGAUGGUGGCAUUCUUUACCAGACGUUGGAUGGAUCUGCUCUGGAUUCUAGCGCCAGCAGAGACAAGUCAUGUCCUGAUUCCACCCGGCCCAUCGCCACCUCCAGGCAGAACUCGGUCCGCUCCAGUAAUUGCUCCUCUGAGGUAGAAGUUGAAGCUGGCGUGGAUGUGCUGGACCAGCUUCUGGAAGGCCUGGGCCACAGCAGUCCAGAGUGCCUGCCACAACCCCAUCUGAGGCUCACCCAGCCUCCGUCUCCACCCGUGGGCAUGAGUCCUGAGAUCGAAGGAUUCAUCAUGGAGGCCAUCCACAGGCAGGCACAGCAGGAGGAUGAGGAUCUGGCCAAGAAAGAAAGUGAGGACUCCAGCAUCAGAGCGGCCUGCCAAAGAGAGCCAACACAUCAGGAACCCAAAUCACCCUUUUACCUCUGCAGACUUCUCCUCAAUGACCUCGGCAUGAACUCAUGGGAUCGCAGAAAGAGCUUUCAUCUUCUAAAGAAGAACUCCAAGCUCUUGAGAGAGCUCAAGAAUUUGGACUCAAGGCAGUGUCGGGAGACCCACAAGAUUGCCGUUUUCUACAUUGGAGAAGGCCAAGAGGACAAAUUCUCCAUUCUGUCUAACACUGAAGGCACUCAAGCCUAUGAAGACUUCGUUUCUGGGCUUGGAUGGGAGGUGGAUCUGGCCACUCACUGUGGGUUUAUGGGUGGUUUACAGAGGAACGGCAGCACCGGAAACACAGCGCCGUAUUACGCUACCUCCAACGUGGAGGUCAUCUUCCACGUGUCAACUCGCAUGCCUUCUGACUCGGAUGAUUCUAUCACUAAAAAGCUCCGUCACUUGGGAAACGAUGAAGUGCACAUAGUGUGGUCGGAGCACACUCGGGAUUACAGGCGAGGAAUCAUCCCCACCGACUUCGGAGAUGUCCUCAUCAUCAUCUACCCAAUGAAAAACCACAUGUUCUUCAUUCAGAUCAUGAAGAAACCGCAGGUUCCUUUCUUUGGGCCUCUGUUUGAUGGGGCGAUAGUGACGGGAACCUUGCUGCCAAGUCUGGUGCGGGCCACGUGCAUCAACGCCAGCAGGGCCAUAAAGUCUCGAUUGCCGCUUUACCAGAGUUUUUAUGAGGAGAGGGCUCUCUACCUGGAAGCCAUUAUUCAGAAUCAUAAGGAGAACAUGACUUUUGAGGACUUCGCUGCCCAGGUCUUCUCACCUUCCCCCAGUUAUUGGCCAGCAGCAGGUGCAGCAGGCAGGCGUUGGCCAGGGAUGGUUUGGGACGUGGACUACCACUGGGCCAAGCUGGACUGUUCCCUCAGUUACAGCACAAGCGCUGACCUCAGUGUUACUGUGACAACCAACGACUCCAGCGACCAGGUGUCGCCCACCAUGCCGCGCGCCUCGAAAAACCGGGUGUCAGGAAAGAUCCGCCGUUCAGCCAGCGCCAUCAGCAAGUCCUCCAACUGAACGCUUUCUCCUGCCGUCAGACUGCAAUUUCUUUAGACAACAUGUGUGUGUGGAUGAAUGUAUUUAUUAACUGUAGUUUGUUUUGCUUUUUGCAUUUCUUAGUUUAAGUAGCAAUGAAAGAUGCAACUGUUGCUCGCAAUAAUGCAUUACUUCACCUAAACUUCACCAAAUAUGAAAAAUCGCUGUAUUUGCUUAAAACUAUAAAUAUAUCAAAAUAAUGACUGUUGAACUUAAAAAAAAGUCAUCAUGACAUAUAAAUUGAUCUUUUUAUGAAACCCAAGGCUAGUUUUCCUUUAGCCUUUUAAAUCGUGACAAGCUUUUUAAACAUUUCUUGGUUUGGUGUACUGCGUAGAAUAAACUAAAUGUCUUAAUGUGAAAAACACUGAAAACUGGACCAAUGAUACAGAGUGCACUGAAUAUCCAUACCAGCACUGAGAUGUUUGUUCAUACUGACCGUCAGUCAUCACCGCCUCUGUUUUUCAUGCGCUCAGUAGUCUUACACAUUUGACCAUGAGAGAGACAGCGAUUAUUAAUACUAAUGUGUAAAACUGAGCCUACAAUUAGUGACAUCUUUCAAACUAGGAUGCAAUGGAUUGUUUAUUAUUAUUAUUAUUAUUAUAAUUUACUGUUAAAUGACUCGUAUGAUUGUUUUCUGGGCUUGACUUAUGCAACAUGCUGUAUUGGAUAUUUCAUGUCUGUAAAUCUGUGAAUCGAAUGCUCAUCACGUAAAUCUACUCUGACAUUCCGAUGUUUUUCUACGUGUUUUUGCACUCGGUCAGUGGACGUUUGUGCUUUUCUUUCUUCUGUGUUUGAAUGUACUUUGGUUUAAUUUCAUUGAAUAAUAUAUUUGUCUCAUGUACAUACAGGAAAAAUGUUUUCCAUGAUAAUAUGACGUAUACCUGACUAAAUUAAAAAGCCUCAGGUGAGCCUGAACGCAAUGCACUGGGUGUGAAUGUGUGUGUGUGUGUGUGUGUGUGUGUGUGUGUGUGUGUGUGUGUGUGUGUGUGUGUGUUUAUGAAGGGAGCGUUUAACAGUGCCUGUGUAAUACCUGUCCAUAUUGAAGGAGUUUGCUUUGUUUUUUCUUUGUGUUUUCCACAACUUUAAUUGAUCCCACACUUGCCGGAUGAAGAGCAGCGUCUUCUCCCUACAAGAGAUAGAGUUGUGUUGUUUAUUGUGAAGUAAAUUGAAUGAGAUUGUGGGUGUUUGGUGAGAGGCGCUUCUGUUGAUGAGAUACUGGAUGGGGUGCUUUUCCACCUGCCUCUCCGAGUGCCCUUUACCGUACCAGCAGCAUGCCAGCGCUUCUUUCUCCGGCUCCCCCCGCAGCAGGCUGGCGCUUGCCAACGCCCUGCCGCCCAUCUCUCUGUUACCGUAGAGACCCAGCCUGGUUGCCAUGGAUGCCAGGUGUUACACACGCUUCAAGCUCCUCCCGAGCUGAACUUCUUUGCCUUACCUGUACGCAUUUCUCUCUGUUGUUCUGGUUUGGUCUUGCUUUGUCAUGCUUGUUUGUUUGUUUGUUUGUUGUCUCACAAAAGCUAAGGAACACAUGAUCUCUGAUUGAAAAAUGUUGGCGAAUGUAUGCAAAUCGGCAGCCGAAUCCGAGUCACAACUCAUUUUGUCUCGGCCGGGAAGAUGGCUGCCGUCUGCUGUGGUUUCAGCAUUUUGACGUAGCGCUCGCCAGCGACGUAGUUUGAUUUUAAUGACUUGUUCUUAGUAGACUUUGUCUCUGUAUAUCGUGUUGGUUUUUUUCUGUAUGCUCUAAAUUCUGAAGGAUUUAAAUAUAUUAAUGCCUGUAAUAUAAUCUUUGUAAAAGACCUCGAGGAAGCUUGAAGAUUUCAUUCUGACUUGUUAACAUAUCAGACUGUUUUUAAUAGAAAACCUAAUCACUUUAUCUUUACUAGAAAUGUGAAGAAAUUGAAACAUUUCAUUAAAUUGAUUUGAAAUUCAUGUUUA